CAAGGUGUACACACAAAUAUGGGCCUGCAAGAUAUAGAGACCAUACCCGAGACUGGGGCGGUGUUCACGAUCGGCCGUAGCAGAUUCGCAGACAAUGUUGCGUCGCAUUUUUUCAUACGUAAGGAUCCAGUUGUCACAAUCGAGUGCGGUGACGAGCAUUCCGCUGUUGUUUGUCAAACCGGAAGACUCUUCGUCUUCGGCAGCAAUGAUUGGGGUCAACUGGGUCUGGGUCAUAAGAAUCACAUCAGCAAACCUUCGUGUGUUAAAAUUUUGAAACCAGAAAAAGUUACACACGUCGCAUGCGGAAGAGCGCAUACCUUAAUAUGUACAGGAAGCCAAAAACUCUUUGCGUGCGGCAGCAAUCAAGAAGGUCAACUAGGUCGCGAAAAUUCGACGAUAGGCGACAGCUCCAGUUCUCCGAUUCUAGUUUACGAUUGCGGUCUGGCCGGGCCCAGAAUUGUUCAAAUUGCCGCGGGAUCGCAUCAUUCAAUUGCUCUGACAAGUGACGGAGGGGUUAUUGCCUGGGGAAGCAACCUGGAGGGACAAUUGGGAUUGCCUGGAAUUUCAGGCCUGGUUCACAAACCUACAAAAGUUUCUAUUCCUGAACCUGUAAAAGAAAUCAGCGCGGGAUAUUAUCAUUCAGCUUUCUUGACCGAAAGUGGUCUUGUUUAUGUCUGCGGCGAGUCGGAAAGUGGCAAACUCGGGAUCGAUGUUUAUUUUUCCACUCAAGUUGCACCGAAGCAAAUGCAAUUGCCGGUCCCGGCAAUUCACGUUGCCUGUGGCGGUCAUCACACUCUUGUGUUAGCAGAAAACGGCAGUAUUUAUUGUACCGGCAGCAACGCCAGUGGACAACUUGGUUUGGGCACAAACGUUCACGAAGUACUCACGCCGAAACUUCUUUCGAGCGGAGUCUAUCAAGAUGAAAAGAUCGUCAAGAUUGUAUGCGGUGAAAGUCACAGCGCUAUACUUACCGAAUCUGGCAAGUUGUACAUGUGCGGUGAUGGACGUCACGGGAAGUUGGGUCUGGAAGAAAAUGAAAACAACGUUCACGAAGUAACUUUCGCUGCUAAAUAUCAGGAACUUUUUGUCUUGAAUGUUGCGUGCGGAGGAUGUCAUACGAUAUUGGUUGGUCGAAGACACGAAAUAAAUUAUCAAUCGCAACAACAGUCUGAUUCAUCUGAACAAUCUGCGUCGAUGAAAAGCUCUCUGCCUCCUUUGAAACUUCCUGUAAAUAUGCAAAAUGAACAGCGAGACGGCGCGGAAAAUAAAUCGACAAAAGAAAAUAACGAUUCACAUCGUACCGAUAAAAUUAAUGAAAAAUCACAAAAUGACAAUGAUAGUCAGUCAACAGAUCUUAAUGACGCGCUUAAGAAAGAUUCAAACGUUCUCGAUAAAGAAAAUAUUUCGUCUACAGUAAACGACAAGAACGUCGCAAGUCCGACAAAAACUUUGGAAACUGAUUUGGCGAACAAUCAAGAAGAUGUUUUAGAUACAAAUCUCAAACGCGAAGAAUCGCAAACAUCUCCCAAUCAUCCAAGUAAUGAGACGAGUUUGCAGAAUAAAGAAAAUAGCGAAAACAAAGAAAAUAUACAGAACAAAGAAAAUAGCGAAAACAAAGAAAAUAUACAGAACAAAGAAAAUAGCGAAAACAAAGAAAGUGUACAAAGCAACGAUGCUAACAAAAAUAACGAAAGUAUGGAAAAUAAAAAAAAUAUAAAUCAACCUGAUGAGGAGUCGUCUACAGAACUGGAAAUUUCGAGAACGCGUGAUAAAGUCGAACAGGAAAUGUCUGCGAGUCCUGCGUUAUCGCCGACGUCGUCAAAAGCAAAGUCCGAGAAUAUCAAAGAUGCGAUCGGCAACGAUAACGAAAUAGAAAAAGACGAGGAAAAGAUGACGGAAAACGUCGAACAAGAUUCACAGUCGACCGACAGACGGAAAUCUUCGAUUUUAAAAACCGACAUUAAAAACACUAUAGAAACUAUCGAGAAUACCAUAGAAAAAUUUGAGGGAGACGGACGUACUGAAGAAUCAGAGAAGGCGGAGACGGACGUUACGCAGGACGAUGCCGACGUGGUGCAAUCUCCGGCGCCGCGAACUGCUAAAGUUACAAAGUUGUUUAAAGGAAAACAACAAGAAGUACAAAACGGGACUGAGAAGAGGAGCGGAACUCAUGUGAAAUCUAAGUCGAAGACAUGCUCUGUCUUGUGAUUGUGAAAACUUCAAAGAGGUCUUAUAUACUUUCCAUUACUUUUUUAUAACAUAUUUUGCGACAUAUAUAUAUAUAUAUAUAUGUCGUAUAUAUAUAUUUGCUGGGACCAAUACGUACGGAACCGGAAAUUUUCUCCAACAUAAUCGAUGUUAAAAUUUUGUUAUAACUGAUACAUUUACCUAGAAUUAGUUUAUCGUUUGAUCUUUUGCAUUCUAUAUUGCGUUGAUUUCUCUUUCUCUACUUUAUCUACUUUGGCUUUUACAUAUUAAUAAAAAAAAAAAAAAAACGCUGAUAAUAUAAAUAAUUUACAACUUUACACAUGUUAUCUACUUAAAUGUUGUAAAUAUAAGUAGCAUAAAAAAUUCAAUUAAAUUAUAGAAAAAUAUGUUUAAUACAUAAUUUUCGAAAGAUAAUAUUUGUAACUAUAAAUCCGUAGUGAAGUAGAUGACAAGUAAGUGUGUGAAAAAUGUACAGCGUCAAUGUGUCUUUGAACAAGAUUUUAUUAAAUUCCAAUUACAAAAAUUCCAUUUGUGCUAGAACCAGCUUACCUUAUUGCUUAGUGUAAUUUAUCACGUACAAAAUCGAUUAAAAAUAUUCAAACUUUGAUACACAUAAUCGCAUUAUGUCGUCAAUAUCACUCAAUUUUCUAUUGAUUAAUUAUUGAACUAUAUUUAAUUCAAAACACACCGAUGUCGACUACAAUCAAUUGUGAUGAUUAAUCUGAAUUUGUUUUUUUCCGAUGUCUUUCCAUAGGCUUGUUACACAUAAAAUUUUUGUUCGAUCGAAAUUAGAUAUAAGGUAUAAAAUUUCUUUUAUAUCAGACGACGCUGAAGUCAUCGGUGCAAUCGGCGAUAGUUUUUUUAUCUAAUCGACAUUGUUCGCUAUGAUUAUUAUUAGUGGCAACAUAUAUUUAACAUAAGAUCACUAAUAUUGCACUAGAUUAUGGCCGCGUACAUGUGGGACACGUUGAGAAGAAGCAUCGUAGCUACGUAAUCUUGCUAUGAUCUUGCCACGUAACGUAAGAAUGAGAGUUUUUCUUCGUUCGAUUCAUUGCUUGAGCUUCUCAUUGCCUAUUAAAAUGCAAAUAUUUCGGAUAUAUCGUAUAAAUAGGGACGAAAUCACAGACAUAACAUAUUUAACAUAAUUUUUAUCAAACAUUAUCUAGAUCCUAUCGAAAAAAAAAAAAGAAGUUCUACGAUUCUUCCAUAAUUAACGAAGUGAUUGCGUAUCACGUUUCUCGUUUACAGAACUACGAACGUAGUAUAUAUAAUUAUUUAUCAUUUUGCUUUCAACACGUGAAAAAAUCGCAGAUUCUUUGGCGAAUUUAGAUUUCGCCAAAAUAUAAUAAUAAAAAAAAAAAAAACAACUUCCGCAACCGAAUAAAAUCACAUAAAAUGUGUGAGAGAGAGAGAGAGAGGAAGACUUUCUCUACAUAAAAAAAUACGCGCUAAUUUUUAGAUUUCUACUCUGUAAUUGAUUAGUCUUCUUGACAGUCAAACAACGAUAAGACUUUGGUGCACGCAGUUAAAGAAGACGCAUUUCAUAAUUAUAUGCCAUGUUGUAUCCUAAUGCGCAGGUACUUAUAUAUUCCAAGUAAUUAAUAACAACGUUAUCAAUUAAGGACGCCUAGCCUUUUAGUUUUUGUCUAAACAAUUAUAAAACAAGAUAAUAUAUCUAACUAUACGCACACCCAUAUACGUAUUAUAAUUUUUUUCGAUUCAUUCCUUAAAUUUUUUUACAUGAAGCGUAAUGCUUUGCGUAUUUCAAAGUGUACGAUACGUGUGUUCGAUACAGAAACAAUUUGAUUAAAAAAAAUAUAUAUACUAAAUUAAUGUCGAAUUUUCUUUAGCGCUAAUUACAAUCUAUAAGUUUAAAAUAUUGUUUAAUAAGAUCUUUCGAAAGAGACUCACACGUUUUUUUUUUUCUGAACAAGCUAGCCGAACGAAAGUAAAACAUUCCAAGCGGAUAUAUUAUGCAUUUUAGCACAAUAUUAAAGUCUUGAUCAGAAAUAUUUUAUAAAUAUUCUCAGUUUAACACUAAUUCGUUAAUUUAUAAAUAUUGUUCGUACAAAUGUGUUCAGUUUCCACGUUCUUUAUAA